CGUCUCUUAUUUUGGCGGCUGUGCGGAAAACAUGGCGGAAAAUUUGAACGAUUGCAGCGUGGCCUGCAAGAUGUCCUGGGAUCAGCUGGAGGCCCUGUGUCGCAGAGAGAGGCUGCACAGCGACCAGCUGGGCGUCAGCAGAGCCAACGUGAACGAGUACGAAGUGGAGUUCCUCUGUGACUACCGGAAGGCCAAGGAGGAGGAGUUCUACCUGGUGAAGUGGAGGGGCUUCCCAGAAUCUGAUAACACCUGGGAACCCAAGAGGAACCUCAGAUGCCCUAAGCUAAUGAAGCAGUUCCACCUCGACCUGGACCAGGAGCUGAGGCGCCACAAGAGACGCUGCAUCCCUAAAAAGCUAGAUAAGGAAGUUGCCUCGUUUCUAGUCCAGAAAGCCAAAGUCCGCCAAAGUCUGCAGCGCUGGGAGGCUCACCUAAAUCUGACUCGCAAUCACCCAGGUCACAUUUUUGUCAUGAAUGAAGUGGACCUAGAGGGCCCUCCAAAAAACUUCACCUACAUCAACAACUACAAAGUAGGCCAGGGCAUUGUGCUGAAUGAGAUGGCUGUGGGCUGUGAGUGUAAGAACUGUGUAGAGGAGCCAGUGAAUGGCUGUUGUCCUGGAGCCUCCCUGCACCGCAUGGCCUAUAACGACAGGGGGCAGGUCCGUAUCCGGCCAGGAAAGCCUAUCUAUGAGUGUAACUCCCGAUGCAGCUGUGGGCCCGAUUGCCCCAACAGAGUGGUGCAGAAAGGCAUCCAGUUCAACCUGUGCAUCUUUAAGACGGAGGAUGGCCGGGGAUGGGGCGUCCGCACGCUGCAGCGUAUCAAGAAGAACACGUUUGUCAUGGAGUACGUUGGAGAGAUCAUCACAACAGAUGAGGCGGAGAGGAGGGGUCACGUGUACGACCGCCAAGGCUCCACGUACCUGUUCGACCUGGACUACGUGGAGGACGUGUACACGGUGGAUGCAGCUCACUUAGGAAACAUCUCUCACUUUGUCAACCACAGUUGCACUCCCAACCUCCAGGUGUUCAAUGUUUUCAUCGACAACAUUGACGAGAGGCUUCCAAGAAUCGCUUUAUUCUCAACACGGGCUAUCCGGGCAGGAGAGGAGCUCACCUUUGACUACAAGAUGCAAAUUGAUCCAGUUGACACAGAAAGCACCAAAAUGGACUCCAGUUUCAGUCUGGCGGGGCUCCCGAGCUCUCCGAAGAAGAGGAUUCGAGUGGAGUGUCGAUGUGGAUCAGACUCGUGUCGGAAGUAUCUGUUCUGACAAGUGAUCUGUGAGAAUGUGGCGCUUAUCCAUGUGAAGAUGUGGAAAAUUGUACAGAUUUUAUAUCUAUAUUUUUUUAUGUUCAUGGAAGUGGAGACUCGCCACCAGCGUUUUAAAUGUGAACAUGGCAGACUCUGCCUACAUCAAAACCACAAUCCAGACUUUCAGAUGUGUGGUUUUUGUUUUUUAGAGAAGUGAAAGCUGCAUCAGAGCAUCCUGUGAGAACUUAAUUCCAGUAACUUCAGAAAUGUUCCGCCGUCCACCUAAAAUUGCAAGCAAGACAAAAAUAAAGGAGUGGUUUAGUUUGAUAGCACUCUACAAUGUG